AUAGCGACCGAGCUUGACUACAGGGGGAGAACCGCACACAGCCGCUUAAAGCAAAAGACAACCUUUAAAAAGACAAACGAAAAAGAAGCAAAUCACUUUUUAGGAAAAUUGCCGAGAAGUUCAGGACGUGACGGAAAUGCAUCGACAACACGAGAAAAUAUGUGGACUCGCUCGUGUGGACUAACUAACUGUUUACGUUGCCAUACAACGAGCUAACAGGCUAGCAGAGUUUUCGCUAAAACAUGGUGGGGCGACAAAAACUCCAGACGGGCACAGAUAUUCCUUAAUCUUGAUGCUGAAAAAUUAUUACUUUAUGCUGCUUUCUUUUCUACACGAAUUUUAUUUUUGGGAGUUUAAACUUGGUCUCUAACUUAUUUCUUUGACGAAAACUCGAGUACGACCCUCGAAAGUUUUUUUUUUGCUCCAGUUAACGUCCAUUGAGCUCUACUGGAAGAGGAUGGUCGAUUAAUCUGAUUGAUUAAUAAUGUACAAGAAACGAGGAAUUUCUUAUCAUGAACACAACAGCACUGGGAAAGUUACGCGGAUUCAGAGCAUCACACCCUCAUCCAUUCAUUUAACAUUAUUCACGCGAGAAAACAAUGCUCUAGGUUGGCUGUAGGAAUUUUGGAAUUCGUUGGAUUAACGUGGAAAAUAUGGAUUAAAACUCUAUCUGUGGUUAAUGAAUGGCACUUGCUUUAUGCAUUGGGUUUAAAUUCGGACUACUUCAGGCAAAGCAACACAUGGUUUGCUUCCAGAUCAAUUUAGAAGACUUACAGAAAAAAUUACAUGGAGACUAGUUGGUCAUGCCAAGGAAGGAGUUACCAUUGCCAGAGGGUUGGGAAGAGGCCCGAGAUUUUGACGGGAAGGUCUAUUAUAUAGAUCAUAUAAACCAAACCACCAGCUGGAUUGACCCAAGGGAUAGGCAGACUAAACCGCUGACUUUCGCCGACUGUAUUGGAGAUGAGCUGCCUGUGGGUUGGGAGGAGGCCUAUGACCCCCAUGUUGGAGCCUAUUAUGUGGAUCACAAUACCAAGAGCACCCAGCUGCAGGAUCCACGGGCCCAGUGGCAGCAUGAGCAGGAGCUUAUGUUGCGGGACUAUCUCGGUGUGGUCCACGAAGCAUUGACCGCCCAAAAAGAGAUCUACCAAGUCAAAGAGCAGCGGCUUCAUCUGGCCCAGCAGGAGUAUCGGCAGCUAAAUGAUGCUUGGCGGGACAAGUCCACCUCGCAGACCAGCUUAAAUUCCAGGUCCUCAUCAAGCAGUAAAUAUGACCCUGAAAUCCUCAAAGCGGAGAUUGUUACAGCCAAAAGCCGGGUAAAUAAGCUGAAAAGAGAUUUGGCUUUUAUGAGACAAGAACUGCUUUAUAAGGAGCAAGGCUUUGAGACGUUGAAACAAAUUGAUCACAAAGUGUCCAAUUCGUCACCCGGAUACAAACUGCAGGAUGCCCAGGUCAUCCUAAAGGAGGUGAAGAACAUUAAAGAUGCCAUCAGCUCCGGGGAGAAGGAAAAACAGGAACUUAUGCAGAAACUGGCUGUGCUAAAAGAUGCAUUCCAGUUAGACUACGGUUCCCAGUCUGAUCUAUGGGCCAGCAAUCCGUCUCUGGCCAACUCGAACCUCUCCCUGCCUCCGGUGUACUCAGACGCUGAAUCUCAAACAGAUAUACCUGUUGAGUUUGUAUCAAACUCAAAUAAACUGGCUGAGAAGGUACGACUGAGCCUGAAAUAUGAGGAAGCAAAAAGAAGGAUUGCAAAUAUUGAGGUCCAGAUUGCCAAGCUGGACAGCGAGGCAUGGCCGGGCCUGCUGGACCCGGAGAGGGAUCGCUUAAUCCUCAUCAAUGAAAAGGAAGAACUGCUAAAAGAACUGCAAUAUGUUAACCCGCGCAAGCGCGCACCCAACGAUGCAGAGAAGAUCGAGUCGGAGAAAAAACGACUUGAGAAGGACCUGCAGGCUGCACGGGACAACCAGAGUAAAGCAUUGACCGAGAGGUUAAAGCUGCACUAUAAGAGAAGCAAACUAGUGAAGGAACUCGAAGAGACUGUGAGGACGGCAUCUUCCCUGCACACCCAGCUAAAGAGCUUAUCAGCCAGCACGCUGUCAUGUUCGUCAGGGAGCAGCCGCGGCUCGCUGACCUCCAGUCGAGGGUCCCUGGCCACCUCCAGCAUGGGCUCCACCUCCUCCCUCAGCUUCACUGAUAUCUACCUGGAACAGCCUGAGCUGGGCGACCCCGACUUUCAGAACAAAAUGGACUCCAUUCUGCAGGAGGGAAGCAAUUCCGGCUACAGGCCGUCCAGCUCCAUUACCACCAUUCACGAGAACGAGGUCUCCUCCUGCAGGCCUGGCAACGGUGGGGCCGGGGUCGGCCAGCGAGCGCAGGCUCUGCGGCCGUCUGAGACGCCUCACUCCAUGAGUUCCCUGUCGCCGCGUUCCUCUUUGUCUUCCCUCUCUCCUCCCUGCUCGCCCCUUAUCACAGACGCUUCCUUCUUGUCGGGAGAGGCCUUCUCUGGUCCGGCCUCACAGAUGGACUUGGAUCUGCAGACCAGACUGAUGGAUUUAAGGCUUAAUGAAAACCAGGAACAGGCUGACAACAAACAAGACAGCAUUAUGGUCACAGUAGAGGCUUCAAAAGAUGGUGUUACGCAAACGAGGGCGUCGGGACCCGGACCAAAGAAGGUGGGCGUAACGUCGGCCGUGUCUGACGAAUCGGUAGCGGGAGACAGUGGGGUGUAUGAGCCCUCGGAGAAGAGGCCGGGACUUCCUGCCGAGCAGCUUCUGGGUUUUGAUGAUGGGAGCUCGGUGAGCAGCUCUCAGAUCAAACUCGGCCUGAAGUACGAGGCGAAGGAGAAGAGGUUCACAGUGUUCGUCAUCCAGAUCACCAACUGCAGCGCUCUCUCCCUGCCAGCCAACCAGAACAUAUAUGUUCGUGUGGCGGUGCUGCCGUGCUCGGAGCCCAUCCGCUGUCUCUUCCGUACCCGCAGUGCUCUUCCACAGGAGUGUUUAGAGCUCAAGGAGGUGUUCGGCCUGCAGAUGUCAUCCAGUGCUAUCAGACAAAAGACCUUGCGUAUUGACAUCUGCACCACCAGCAAAUCUGGCCGUGAAGACUGUCUGGCUGGAGCUCAGAUCAGUUUAGCCGAUGAGGAGUUUUCAGAGGAGUGGUGCACCAAGUGCUACAAUCUUCUGAACUACUUGUACCUGCCGGAAAUGGAUGGAAAGCUCAAUGACCAGGAGACCUCCAAUCAGCUGAGAUCAGUUGCCAGCAGCUCAGAGAACACAGUUGUACACCUGGACAACACUCCUUUAGAGGACUGGUCUGGAGAGGUGUUAGAGACUGAUGUGUUUGAGGAUGAAGUCGGCAGUGAUGUUGAGGAGGAUGAAGACUUUUAUCCUGAUGACUGCCAGUGGGAGCAGGGGGAGGAGCCGGUGAAACCUGAACCAACAGCUGUCAUAACGGAAAAGGUUAAUAAAGAGACAAGUGUAGACGGUCUCCCUCAUUCUGGAUCUGUGGUCCGGCCCAAAGAGAGACGGCAUGACGUCCAUCAGCAAAACCCUUUCAUGCGUGGGAACACCAUCAUCCGCUCCAAGACAUUUUCUCCUGGACCACAGAGCCAGUAUAUCUGCAGGAUCAAUCGCAGCGACAGUGACAGCUCCACCCUUUCUAAAAAAUCCCCGUUUGUCCGGAAUGCCUCAGAGAGACGCAGCGUUCGAAUGAAGAAGCCACCCAUGCAGGCCAAAGGUCUGGAUGGUCUGCUCCGUACCUCUCUAGAUCUGGAGCUGGACCUGCAGGUCACCCGUACACGGCACAACCGUCUGAACGAGGAUCUGCGUGUGCUGCGGGAACUAAAGGAACAGCUGGAAAAGGCCAGACAGCAAGGCCAGCGCACCCUUCCCACGUGGGUGCAAGAGGACGAACGUUUUCGACUUCUGCUCAAACAGGCAGAGAGACAGACAAAGGAAGAGCAGCUACAGGAACAGAGGGUGGAGAAGAUGAUGCGGGCAGCAGCUAAAGAUGUGCACAAGAUCCGCGGGCAGAGCCUCAAAGAGGUCCCUGGAGUCCAGUCUUUCAGAGAGAAGAUGGCCUUCUUCACCAGAGCGAAGAUAAACGUUCCCGAUCUACCAGCCGAUGACGUGUAGGGGACCUCAAGUAUUUUCGUCUGAACUGCUGUUUCCAUGGAAACAAAACUGACGUCUGGCGGUAUUAUGAAGAAUUGCGUGAGAAAGUGUACGUUGGACAAGAAAUGUCAUUUUGAAUCACUGGGUUAAAACUCUCAAAACUGAAAUUGUAUAGAUCCACGUGUCUUAUUCUUGGUUUUAAUGCUAGAUUUCUUUAUUUUUUUGUACUGUCACGUCAUUCUGUUACUAAUAAGAGUAUGUCUGUAUCUGUACUAGGUAUUUUAGCCGUCUUUCAUAAACACCAUGUCUUUUUAAAAAUACGUUUGAAACAUGCUGCUCUGCCGAUGGGGCAGGACUGAGCACUGUAACUCUCGAUGAUGUGAAUACAAUAACUUACGGUACUACUUCUGUUUAUAGCACAAGGAUUCAGAAAUCAGUAUAGUACUUUACGUCGCCGUGACAAAACCGAUUGGAUUAAUUCCUGCUACGCCGACAAACGUAUUCUGUUCACAUUUACGUUCGAUAGUCUGAAGUUUUUAUUUUGCAAAUGUGUACACCGUUGUUAGCAAGCAUGAAACUAAAGCAUGACAGAUAACUAGACUGGUUAUUAGAUUAAGUAGAUUGCUAACAUAUCUCUGUGUUCGUUUCGGUAGCUGCACAUGAAAACAAGACACACGUUCGUUUUUCCAAAUGGUUUUAAUAUGAUGUAGAAACUGCACUUAGAUUCACAGACUCUCAGGUAGAAUAACAGAUAGUUAAUGCACUUUAAUAGAAAUCAAAAAAGGCAUUGAUGUAGAGAAUAAGAACAUCUUUUGAGGUUUAUUAGCUUUCCAUCAUAUUUUUCACAAUGAUGUUUUAAUUCGAUGUUAUCCCAAAACAGAUUAGCUUCAAGCUACAAGCGCAGGUGUAAUUGUAGUUUAUGUGAAUAAUAAUCUUUCAUUCAGGUAAAGCUUAUAGUACUAAUACUGUUGAAACGAAACAAUACUGAAGAAGCCUAUAGUUUGUUUAGGCGAAUCUCAAAUCAAAAAAAGGAUUGAUUUGCAUUGUGAAAUAUGAUUUUAAUGACAUUUAAUCACAAUUACCCCCAAUUUCAUAGUGAAAAUCUGGUAAAACUGUAGUAGGGUAAUACAAAUCAAGUUAAUAUAAAAAUUAAAUCUGCAUAAAUAAAUGUAGUUUAGUGCUGGGCAAAGAUUAAUCGCGAUUAAUCGCAUACAAAAUAAAAGUGAUUUUUGGCAUAAUAUAUGAGUGUGUGCUGUGUGUAAUUAUUAUGUAUAAAUAAAUACACACACAUUCAUGUAUGUAUUUAAGAAACAUUUACAUGUUUAUAUAUAUUUAUUUAUAUUUUUAUAUAUUCUAUAUUAAAUAUAAAUAAAAAAAUUGAUAUAUAAAUAAAACAAUUCUGAAAUUAAUAUAUGAAUGUGUGUGUGGUUAAAUAUACAUAAUAAUUAGACACAGUACACGCACAUAUAUUAUGCAAAAAAUCACUUUUAUUUUGUAUGCGAUUAAUCGCGAUUAAUUUCUGCCCAGCACUAAGUUUAAUACCUAAAUGAGGGUAUGCAUACAGUGCACAUGACGAAAAUUUCGUCAUCACAAUAGUACGCACGCACUUGUAUGUGCAUCGUCGUUUUUUUUUUACUUUUCAUGCAUAUGUGCAUAGAGGAAAAUUUUGUAUGUAGCCCAGGAGAUGCGUUGCAUUUUGUCGCAAUGCGCAUGCGUGGGACGUCUGUGUACACGAACGAGUCGCAUAAACGAAGCUUUGCAAGGUUGUGUGUUCGACGUACACGUAAUAAAACAAUCUAUACUCCGGGCUUUACAGUCUACAAAUGUAUAAUUUUCUGUGUGAAGCAUAGUAGGCUUUUGGAUAUUGGGGAAAAUGUUAUGAAAUAAUACUACGAUGCAAAUAAUGCGCCUACAGAUUCGCCUUCUUUCGAUUUUGAAAUGAAAUGGAAACAGUAGCCUGUUUAUGAAUCAAACAAAUAGGAAGCACAUUUUAAACUGGAGCACGAUCAUCUCAAACACAUCUAGGUCACUGCAGAGGCACAGUUCGUGAUUCCCAACUUUCCCCGUAAACACUUAAUAAUGUAUCGCACCCACUGCAGACAUCCAAUCAUAUAAUGUUUGGAUAUCGUGCAUAAUGAACAAAUGGUGGCAUUGACAUGUAAAUGAGCACUAUUAACCAUAUCAAAAUGGAUUUUCCUCAUCAGCUCUGCAAAUCUUGUAUUUUGGUAAUAGAUGACUAUGAUUGUUAUUCUGUCCCAUGCGAUUCUGAUUCUUUUUGACCUUCGUGAGCAAAAUUGGAUGUUUGAAUGUAGCACUUUAAAAAAAGCCCCAAUUCACACAACCUUUUUACUUACAUUAUUAUAAAAUCAGGUUUUGGCCACAUUUCAAUGUUACAUUAAAUCUCACAAUUGAUCUUUACUAAAUUAGCGCUUUCUGUGGCACAGUUCAUGGGCCGUGCUCACAUUUGAGGUCUUUACACUUCUUUAAACGAAUGAUAUCCUCCUAUUUAUAAAGCCUCAGUAAAACAUCAAAUGCUCAACCUCAAAGCAAUUAUUUUUUGGUGAUUUAAAGCAGACAGCAAAGCAUGUUUUCAUUCAAUGUAAUAAUAGCAAUAUAAGCUAUACUACAUUGCAUAGAAAUACUGGACUUGACUACCUGGGCCAUGUCAUAUUAAUGUUUUAAAAAUCCAGCAAGGAUUACUACUCCAAAAAACAGUCUCUUGCUCCACCCUGUGGUGUAAACACUAAUACAAUCCAAUAAGAAAUGAAUGUCUGAUUCAUCGUAUGCCAUUUAUCAACACAAUAAAUGUCUUGAAUUGUUUUUCCAGUUGCAAUGCAGUUGUCUUGCAUGUGAACAUGAUUUAGGACUUAACAUAAUACAUCUGUGCAGUUUAUUUUUUUUUGCAGUUUAGAAUAUUUAUUUUAUAAGAUGGCGUACUAUAACAACAUUUAGGCCUGACUAAAAUGCUGUCCCAAAGCCUUAAAUUUAGCCAAAUAUCUAUAAUUCACUAAUUUGUUGCUCUUGUACUGUGUUUCAUAUUUUCUUGUUCUUUAUUUCAGUUCAUUUAUGAGUAUUUGUUCUUUUCUUUGUCUCGCAUCUCUAUUGUAUUGUUUUUACAUUGUAGCACCGAUAGUAAACUGCCAAACGUAGACUCCUGUUGGCUACAUCCUAGCUCAGUUUAAACAGGUGCUGUGUGAUGUGAAUUCUUCUCACAUGGGCAUUUUAAUGAUACAGUUUUAUUAUUUUUACCAGAGCCUUUCAGAUUUACUGUGUUUUACCCAUGUUUUAGGAUUUUGAAUUGUUUCAUUUGAAUGUAAGAGAAGCGGUGUGUCCCCUUCAAACAUGAUGUACGUGUAUGUAUGUAAUGCUGUAGAAUGUAAACCGUUUUACCUGGAAACACCACAAUUGAUCUUAUUAUGAGAGUACUCGAACAAGAGCAAACAAGUCUUAUGUUGUCACUAUAGUAUGCUAUCGUACAGUACAUUGUGUAUGGUUGUAUGGAGAAAGAAUUGUUUUGAUUGUGUGCUCUUCAACUAUCCAAUCUGAGUUUUUAUUCAUUCAUACGUCAUGUAAGACUUGUCAUAAUUAAUCAGUAGGUGAAAACGCUGUCACAUGAAUAAUUUGUUGUGUUAUUGUUCACAGUAGGACUUUUAUUUUGGAAGCCCCGGUGCAUUUUUUUGUUAUCUUAUUGUAAUGAACCUGAUCUGAUCACAGAGAUGGUUUGAGAAGUACAGCUUGAAUUUGUUGCACUUUUGUGAUUUGGGUUUGCUGUCUUUUCUUUUUUUUCUUUUGAGACUUCUGAAAGCUGUGAAUUUUAUCAUCGACACUGUACUGUCAACGAGAAUUGUAAAUAUAUCACCAGCACAAGAAUAUGUUUUGUAGUUUCACAACAAAUAUAAAUAUGUUCCUCUCUUCUAA